AUGAGUAGUAUUGUUAAUAAAAGUGGUACACGCUUUGCGCCCAAAGUGAGGCAGCGUAGAGCUGCUGCCGGAGGAACACCAACGCCAAAACCAAGAACCCCUCAACUCUUCAUUCCUGAGAGUAAAGAAAUAGAAAUCGAUAAUAGUGAUAAUGAUAAAGUUGCUGAUGAAAAUGAAACAGCUGUUGUUGGCAAAGCCCCACUAGGUGAAGAACACUCUUUGGAAGGCUUUACAUUAACUGCCACUACUGGACACGAUAAUGGAAUAGAACAUGAGGGGCCCAUAGAUGCUUCGACCCAGAACCCUGAACUAAACGUUACAGAAGACAAUGCGACUCUAAAACCGGCACCAUUGCGAACUCAGCUAGACCAAAAAACAUCGAGAUCCAGUAGACUAGCUUCACUGAGUAAGGACAACGAAAGCCGUCCAAGUUUUAAACCAUCGUUUCUCGAUUCUUCAAGUAAUGGUAAUGGAACUGCUCGACGCUUAUCUACAAUAUCCAACAAGCUUCCUAAGAAAAUAAGGCUAGGAAGCAUUACAGAAAAUGAUAUGAAUUUGAAAACUUUCAAAAGACAUAGGGUUUUGGGCAAACCAUCCUCGGCUAAAAAACCAGCUGGUGCACACAGAAUCAGUAUUGUCUCCAAAAUCCCCCCACCUACAGCAAUGACUGAAUCUUUGGACAGGAAUGAACUUUCAUCUGAAGUUCCUACAUCAAGAGCACCUAACGAAAAUGAAAAUUACGUCAUUAGCAAAGUUAAGGAUAUCCCGAAAAAAGUGAGGGACGGAGAGUCUGCUAAAUACUUUAUUGAUGAAGAGAAUUUUACAAUGGCUGAGUUAUGCAAGCCAAGUUUUCCUAUUGGCCAAAUAUCCGAAAACUUCGAAAAAUCUAAAAUGGCCAAGAAGGCAAAAUUAGAGAAAAGAAGGCAUCUUAGGGAAUUGAGGAUGCGUGCACGUCAAGAAUUCAAACCAUUGCAUUCACUAACCAAAGAAGAACAAGAACAAGAAGAAGAGAAGAGAAAGGAAGAAAGAGAUAAAUUACUAAAUGCUGAUAUUCCAGAGUCAGACCGCAAAGCACACACGGCAAUUCAACUGAAGCUCAAUCCUGAUGGUACUAUGGCUAUUGAUGAAGAGACUAUGGUUGUUGACAGACACAAAAAUGCCAGUAUUGAAAAUGAUUAUAAAGAAAAAGUUGACGAAAACCCCUUCGCCAAUCUUUAUAACUACGGGUCAUAUGGUAGGGGCUCGUACACAGAUCCGUGGACCGUGGAGGAAAUGAUAAAAUUUUACAAAGCACUAUCUAUGUGGGGGACAGAUUUCAAUUUGAUCUCUCAACUGUAUCCUUACAGGUCAAGAAAACAAGUGAAAGCCAAAUUCGUCAAUGAGGAGAAGAAGCGUCCGAUAUUGAUUGAAUUGGCCCUUCGAUCUAAGCUACCGCCUAAUUUUGACGAAUAUUGCUGCGAAAUCAAGAAAAACAUUGGCACAGUGGCAGACUUCAAUGAGAAAUUAAUCGAAUUACAAAACGAGCAUGAACAACAUAUGAAGGAAAUCGAAGAAGCCAAGAAUACAGCAAAGGAGGAAGACCAAACUGCACAAAGGUUGAAUGAUGCCAAUUUGAAUAAAAAGGGAUCUGGUGGUAUUAUGACAAAUGAUUUGAAAGUUUAUAGGAAAACGGAAGUUGUUCUAGGUACAAUUGAUGACUUGAAAAGGAAGAAACUCAAAGAAAGAAAUAGUAAUGACAAUGAGGAUAAUGAAGAAAGUGGAGGAGAAUCGGAAAUUGAUCAAUAA